AUGGCUAGUAGUGGACUAUCAGCAGGAGAUAGGACUCCACCCGAAUGCCCCAGACGUAUCCGUCAACGUCCCAGAUAUUUAGAUGCUUAUGAAGUUGAUUUGCCCCCUAGCCACAACUUUGAACAGUCACAUGGAGGCAGUACUAGAAGCCUUAUUCAGACCAGGCCCCGCAUGUUCGAUCUACCUAUUAACCGUAGCAUGGAUAAUAUACACAAGAUAGGUGUCAGUCCCUCUUUACGAGCUAAUGAGCUAUACAAGGCUGAUCCAAUGAACAUGUUUGACAUGAAUGAUAAGGAGCUCCUCAGACCCAGAACACCUACCCCGCCAGGAAGCCCUGACUCAGUGCGUUAUUCUACAUCAGGGAAAACUAACAACAAAGAACUAUUAGAGCUAUUUAAACUGCAGAUGGCGACAACAGAGGAGGCUACACGCCGUCUAGAGGAGGCGGCUAUACAAAGGGAACAACUGCAGGCUAAGAUGCAGAUGGAGAGGGAACGCUUACAAGCAGAGCAACAGGUGGUGCUAGCCAGGCAGCAAGCUGAAACCAUAGCAGCGUUAGCUAGACAACAGGCUGAGUUGCAAGCUGAGAGGGAACGCCGACAAGCUGAGAGAGAGAGUGCACACACCCAGGCUCUGGUAGCGCUAGCUAAACAGAACGAUGAAGCUGCUAGACAGACUAUCCAGUUACUUACCGAGGCCUAUCAGAGUCAAUCCGCACGCCCCUCCGCCCGAUCUUCCAGGCAGUCCUCACGCAGAGAGUCGAGACAACACUCCCCAGCUCGUCUGAGCCAAGCUGUAUAUGGCACUAAGGCAGAACCCAUAGAGGUAGCUAUACAGCUAUCCAACAAGCUACAAGCACUAGACGAUGAAAUGCGAGAUCACGCAAAGUUCCCAGCUCCCCAUAUCUCCUCUGCCUACCAAGGAGACCGAGAACCUAUUUACAGCAUACCUGCACAGUUGAGCCAACCGCCUCCCCCCCUAGAUGGACACGGCACAGUGACCCCUCCUCCAGCAGCUAGCUCACAACCCCAACCUGGUUUGCAGAACUACGGACCCUCUAACCAAGGUCAGCCGUUCUCACCAUUGAUUAAUCAAUAUCCUAGUUCUCCUGUCCAGUUCGCCUCUCGACCAGCAGCCAUCUACGGAGUAGAAGAGCCGACCUUUCCUGAUUUCACUAAAGAGGACAGGUCCCAGUAUACAGAGCUACGCAUGUGCUUGGGAACCCUGCUCUCUCCAUCCCAAGAUGAGCGUUAUAAAUAUGCCCUCCUGCUGAAACAUGUCAAGGUUCCUCGGGCCCAUAAUAUUGUAUUAGCACAUGCACACUCCACUACCCCUUACUCCGAUGCAUUAGCAGAUCUUGAUGACCGCUACGGGCGAACAUGGGACUAUGUCCUCCAAGAGAUGAGGGACAUAGAGAAACUUCCUCCAGUCAAAGAUGACCGGACCCUUGACGACCUAUCUGUACGAGUACAAUCUCUAGUAGGCAUGCUCCAGUCCCAGCAGGAGAAAGGAAAUCAUGAACUCCACGCCAGCUCCAAUGUAGAGCGCAUCCUCGACAAACUUCCCAAGUUCAGACAGGAGAGAUUUAGGCGUCAACGAAACUACCUCCACGCACCUCAGCACGAGUUGUCCCUGAUGGACCUCUCCACAUUCUUAAGGAUGGAAGUUCGGAGCCUCAGAUUGGACCCCUCCCUACGGGGCGGCCCAACCCCAGGAGAUGUAGGAAAGAAGAGCAGAGGUCAUGGGAAACCAACUACUGUGAUGCUUCAGACAGAAGACUUCAAGCCGAAACCGACCCAGUCAGCCCAUAAGAAAGAACCUUCCACUCCGAACAAGAGCAAGGUGAAACCUCACUGCCCCUUCUGUGAUAAAGAGCACUGGCUACAUGCCUGCGAAGACUUCACCAAGAUGAACAAAGAGCAGGCCACAGAGUGGAUCAAAGUCAAUCGGCGAUGCUGGAGGUGUGCCCGCCAACACAAAGCGUCAGAGUGCAACCUUAAGAAGAGGUGUAGGCAAUGUCAAGCUACCCACCUGACCAUCCUGCAUGAUGUUAAUCGCAGAGAAACGCCUACUGAGUCAACGGCCGAGGUACACUACAUCGACCCAGCAAAGAGCGGAAGCUCCAGAGUGAUGUUGAAGAUAGUAAGAGUCCUCCUACGCUACAAGGAUAGAGUACUGGACACCCACGCUGUCCUUGAUGACGGCUCUGAGAGAACACUCUUACUUACAUCUGCUGCAGAGGAACUGGGAAUAAAGGGACGGGAGGAGAAGUUGAACCUCCGCACUAUCCGUCGAGAUCUAAAGACCAUCAAGGGUGAGAGAGUCGCUUUCACCAUAUCCCCUGCUGACCAGCCAAACAAACAGUAUCCAGUGACCGACGUCUUCACUAGCCAACAGAUUGGUCUGUCUCAGUACGAUUAUCCUAUCGAGCAACUCAAAGAGAGGUUUGAGCACCUGCGACGCCUACCGGUACCACUAAUUGAUCAAGUCCACCCAACCCUCCUCAUCGGCUCUGAUCACACCAACCUUAUCGUCCCUGUCAGUGCAGUAUAUUUUGGGCCCCGAGGGUGUCCAGCAGCCGUUAAGACAAGAUUGGGUUGGACUCUCCAAGGUCCAUUCAACUCUCCCCGCAAUAGAAUAGCACCAACCUGCUGCCUGUACAGCAAAGUCACCUCUGCCGACGCCACUCUGCUGAACCACGUCGAGCGCCUGUGGCAACUGGACGUUCUUCCCUUCUGUAAUGAGAAACAGAUGGUGCGCUCCAAGGAGGAUAAGUACGCCGUGACACUGCUUGAGCAGAAGACCAAGAGGAUAGACGUCAAGGGAGUACAGAGGUAUGCCACUCCACUAUUGAGGAGAGAAAACAUGCCGACUUUGCACGUAUCCAAGGAAGUAGUCAGCAACUACCUGAGGAACACAGAAAGACGGCUGGCCAAGGACCCGCAGCAAGCAGCAGUUUACCGAGCUGAGAUUGGCAAGUUAAUAGUAAGCGGUCAUGUAAAGAAGAUAGACAACUUCGAAGCGGGAAAGUCAAGAGAGAGUUGGUACGUACCGCACCACAAGGUCCGACACAAUGGCAAAGACAGAGUAGUCUUUAAUUGCAGUUUCCAGGUCGGCAAACAGUGUCUAAAUCGGUACCUCCUUCCCGGCCCCACCCUUGGGCCAUCACUCCUAGGAGUCCUUGUGCGCUUCCGGCAGGACAGAGUGGCAAUCAGUGGGGACAUUAAGGGAAUGUUCCACCAGAUCCACCUUCUGGAAGAGGAUAAACCCUUACUGAGGUUCCUGUGGAGGGAUGACCCAAGUGACGAACACCCUUCUAUCUAUCAAUGGGAGGUACUACCAUUUGGUACUACCUGCAGCCCCUGCUGUGCGAUCUUCGCACUGCAGAAGCAUGUCACAGACGACCCAGAGGCAGGAGAAGACAUCCGCCACAGUAUUGAACGCUGUUUUUAUGUAGACAACUGUCUACAGAGUGUCCCCACUGAGCAUGAGGCCGAAACCAUCCUUAUGAAGCUGAGGACCUUGCUAGCGAAGGGAGGAUUCGACCUGCGUCAGUGGGCAAGUAGCCAUCCUGGGGUGCUCAGUCAGCUUCCCCCUGAAGCCAAAGCCAAGAGCAGCGAGACCUGGAUGGCCCAGAGCCCCGGAGAGGCUCAGGAGAUGACCUUGGGUCUCGUAUGGCACUUCCAAACAGACACCCUGCACUACCGUCACACCCCACCUACGAAGGAGCGCAUCACCAGAAGAAGCAUUUAUAGUACUCUUGCAAGUCAAUACGAUCCACUCGGUUAUAUCCUCCCAUAUACGACUAGAGCCAAGGUGCUGGUGAGAGAGUUGUGGGCAAAGGACCUGGGCUGGGAUGACCCUAUCCCUGAUCACCUCGCUGUCAAGCGGAGCGAGUGGGAAGAAGAACUUUCUCUCCUCGGUGAAGUUACUCUUUCACGCAGCUACUUCCCUCCGACCGUCGACCUGAGAACGAGUAAGAUAGACUUGCAUGUCUUUAGUGACGCCUCCGAGACUGUUUACGGAUCCGUGGUCUAUCUCAGAGCAAUCGACACCGCUGGUGACGUCCACAUAGCCUUCGUCCUAGCCCGCUCUCGGGUAGCCCCUCGUAAGCAGCAGUCCAUCCCACGCCUGGAGCUCUGUGCGGCCCUAGUCGGCGCACAACUCGCUAAGAUGGUAAAGGACGAGCUCACCCUACCGCUGCAGGAGACCAUCCUGUGGUCCGACUCCAUGACUGUGAUUUCCUGGCUUCAAUCCGAAUCCUGCCGCUAUAAAGUGUUCGUCGGAACAAGGGUUUCGGAGAUCCAAGACCUAGUUGGAGUGGAGUGUUGGAGAUAUGUUGACACAGGAAGUAACCCGGCGGAUAUAAUCACUAGAGGUGCUACCCUCGCCACCCUGUCUCAAGCGAACCCUUACAGUUGCGGACCAGACUUUCUUCGGCGGCCCGAGGAAGACUGGCCAUUACCACCAUCCAUCGCUGAGAACCCAGACGAGGCAGAGUUGAAGAGAUCACCGUUUUGUGGAUUAUGUCAGGUCCCACCUGCAGAUGGCCCCUGCCUUGAUGACAGUCCUACACUCGAGCAUCUGCAGAGGGCGACUUUUCUUUGGCACCACCCAGACCUCCCGGCCACUACAGACCUAAGUGCAGCAGAUUAUGUGGAAGCAGAACUAUUAGUCCUGAAGAGAGCCCAGCGAGAUUCCUUCCCUGAGGACCUGGAGUGCUUGACCGCUGGGAAGCCCGUCCCAUCAGAUAGCAGACUCUUGAGAUUAGCCCCGGAACUUGAUUCUGAAGGUCUGAUCCGAGUGGGAGGUCGGUUACGACGUGCCAUGAACCUAUCAGAAGACAUUAAACAUCCCAUUGUGUUGGGAACCAAACACAAAGUGACAGAGUUAAUCAUUCAGAAGUACGACCAAGCAGUGUGCCAUGCAGGGGCAGAGAGAGUUUUCGCCGAGAUACGACGACGCUACUGGAUACUGCAGGGAAGAGAAGCCGUACGUCGAUUCCAGCGAGCUUGCACCGCCUGCCAGAAAUGGAGAGCCCAGCCCGCCAUACCCAAGAUGGCCGAUUUGCCACCUUCAAGAUUGAGGAUAGGAGAGAGGGCGUUCCACACAACUGGAGUAGACUGUUUUGGUCCAUUCUUAGUCAAGAGAGGGAGGGGGACUGAGAAGCGCUGGGGAAUCGUGUACAAAUGCAUGACCACAAGAUCCGUACACAUUGAGUUGCUACAGUCUAUGACUACAGAUUCCUUCUUAAUGUCCUUCAGGAGAUUUCAAGCUAGGAGAGGGAACCCUGCCGUGCUGUUGUCAGACCAGGGGACCAAUUUCAAGGGAGGAGAGUCUGAGCUACGUGAGAGCUUUGAGGCCAUGUCAGAAGAACUGAAGUCCCGUUUAGCUCCAGCUCAAGUCCACUUCCAGUUUAACCCCCCAAAUGCACCUCACUUUGGGGGCACAUGGGAGAGAGAAGUGAGGUCUAUUAAGACCGCCUUGUACACCGUGUUGGGAGCACAGUCCAUUUCUGAUGAUGUCUUGGCGACUGUUUUGACUGAGAUAGAGGGAGUGUUGAAUUCCAAACCUCUCGGGUACGUAUCCACGGACGUCACUGAUGUGGACCCUGUGACUCCAAACUACCUCCUUAUGGGGCGGCUGGACCCUGCUCUCCCCCAGACCGUGUACCAUCAAGAUGAGAUGAGAGGAAGAAGGAUGUGGAGACACAGUCAGGUUUUAGCUGAUCAGUUCUGGUCCCAUUUCCUCCUAUACUAUCUCCCCUCCCUCCAAGCCCGACAGAAAUGGGUGAGAGAUAAGGACAAUCUAACCGAAGGCACAGUCGUGAUGAUCGUUGAUCAGUCUCUACCAAGAGCUAUCUGGCCUGUAGGGCGAGUGAGCAGAGUCAUCGUCGGAUCUGAUGGGAAAGUUAGAGCGGCAGAUGUUACUGUCCAGGGACGGACCUACACCAGGCCGGUCACGAGACUCAUAGAGCUCCCUGCUUUCCCUGACGCCAAUACAGAUGACCCACCCCUGAUCUCGCCCCCGUAACUUCAUCCUGCUAGAUAGUCAACCUAUUAUAGUUUAACUUACCGUAUUUGAUUUAACUCUGAGCCUUCUGAUUUGAGUGAUAGCUAAUUACGCAUAGCGAAUUAGGGGGCGGCUGUAUUGAAGACUCAGAAGUGGCUAGAAGAUUAGUUUUAUAGUUUUACUUUAAGAACCCCUCUAAGCAGUAACAUAGGCUUCCCACUGCUCCCUGCCCAGUUAAGCCCUCUUUCUUCUUUACUUCUGGUUUGUUAUUUGAGAUCCUGUUUAUUAUUGUUACUGCAGCGAUGUACAGUUGUUAUUGUUGUUGUUGUGCCCGAUGUCAUUCAUACAGCGGAGAUAUACGUCCUUUCAGUGUUGCUGUAAUUAGGCUGAUAUGUUUGUAUCAGUGCGCGUGUGAUUUGGUGCGAGUGUGUGUGUCAGCUGGGAGAGUGAGAGGAGAAAGUUUGAGAAGAGGAGACGAUCGGAGCAGCUUCGUGUAUCCAACAGAUUCAUUCAUUCUUUCGGUGAAGUUUUGUGGGAUUAAUAACCCGCACAACAAGUUGUUUUUAAUCCUGUGAAGAUUGUACCUGAAGAGGAACAAACAGACUUUGAACUGAAGUUAGAUCGCCGAUUAAUGUUAGCUCUCGUUUUCCCGACAGUGGCUAGCUAGGUCUCGCUAGCGGCGUCAUUGUCCUUCGUAUCCCAGCAAGCAUUAACUGGCCCCAGCUUAAGGACUUUAGUUCACCCCCUCCUCCUCUGGACCACAUCUUCACCCCCUCCCCUCUUCACCCGAGAACAGCUCCCAUUCAUCUCCCGUGGACACCUGAGCACAUAAUCCCUCAACAUCGGGACCUCUCCACAGACCUCCAUCCUGGCUGCAUCAGAAUCCUCACGUCCUCCUUUGAGCUCCAACCCCGGGCAACAUUGGUACCAUUAGGUUUAGUAUUAAGUAGGACUUAGUAUAGUUAGACAGGACAUAUUUUAGUGUAAGUUUUAGUGAGUCAAUUGUGCAUAAUUUUGUUUGUGGUGUAAUAAAUGUUUAUGUUGUUCCCUUUAUAUCCUUGUCCCUCCCCUGUUAUUUAGUGAGAGUCCACAGCAUCUUUGUCCAUAGUAAGGGACGCCAGGGAGCGGUGGCUAGCGCCCUACUGUACCUUACAGUUCUCAGUUAAAUUGUGGUCCUACGCUACAACUCAGUUCAUCGGCAUCAAGAACAAUAAGUUCAGCAUAGUCACUGUCUUCUACUUCAAAUGACCUAUAAUGCUCAGAAAGAAAGAAAGAAAUGAAAAGUACAUGUAGCUGCGGCGGCCGCCGCCAUUUUCCCCUGUACAGUUGUCACGUACACUGAGAUUGACAUAGUUAACGGCCUUUUAACUUAUCGACCAUACGUUACGAGGUUUCCAUAUGAACUUAAAUACAUCUGAAGUCACAGAAAAACAUUUAUAACCAACCUGGAAACACAGAAGAGUGAUAAGUGCAACAGGACCACGACUGCUCAUUCUCCAAGUCCAACGGAUUAUGAGCUUCCCUUCCUCGUUGCGCUGUGGAGAGUCCCUGUGGCGCUGCCGGUAGUGCUGCUACCCUGUGUCCGUUUCUGGUAUUACAAAUCAUUGUGUUUCUCUUUCUUGUUCUCGUUUAGCCGGAUAAAAUAAUAAGAUAAGAGGAUACCAUAGCAAUAAACCAAAAAGUGACUUCAGAGGAGAUAAAACAAUAAUAAUAACUCUACAAAAACACUUUUGUGAGUAUCACACUACUUUGUUGUGCAAACAACAAAUUGCAAAUUCUGCUAAUUUAGAAUUAUAUAUUAUUGAGGUGCACAUUGUUGGUCUGACUUACUAGUUAAAAAGUUUAUUUUAAUUUUCAUGUUCACCCAAUUAAGAAUACAAACUCUUGUGAAUAGAUUGUCGUUUUUUUUAACAGUGUGGAUAUGACCACCAUGAUAUCCUCAUUUAAGCAGCCUGACACCAGCCACCCCACCCCCCCACUUCCUCAAACCACAUCCACCUGCAAAUCCCAGAACCCCAUCACAUCUAACAGAAGAACUGUCAAACCAAUGGCUACCAAUUCUAACACGCCUUGGCGCUCCAAACCCACCUUACCCCCCAUCAAAAAAGGUCAUGCCCACUAA